AUGCUCCUACCGCCACCUCACAAGGGGUCCAACCCGCCACUACUGUGUCUGGACCGCUCGGGCAACAACAACAACGGCAAUGACAACAACAAAGACAACAACAGGCCCGGGUCGCGGUGCAAGGAGGAAUUCAGCUCUUUCUCCUCGUCGAGGACCUCUUCUGCGGGGGCAACCUAUACCUGGCAGGACCCAAAUGCCGUGCUUUUUGAGCCAGUGAAAGUGGUGGUCCAAGGUCCUGCCGGUACCAAACCCUUACCACCACCACCACCCAUCACCGACACGCCAACCCCCACAUCGCAGCACCAACCGCUAAAACCCCCAACAACCACCACCACGACAACCGUCCUCCAAGCCGCCCCGCACACUCGACCCCGGCGUCACGGUGGAACUACCAGUCCUGGCGGGGACAAACCCCCCACGACAACAACAACAACGGCUAAAUCCCAACGCUCUUUGAAAGACAAGAAAUCCCGGGACCCGCAUAUGGUUUUACAAGAUAAACGGAGUGUGGCGAGAGGGGUUCGGAUGUUGGAUGCUUUAGUGAAAGACUCCAGAACGCUCCGAACAGCCCUGGACCUCUGCGUCCUCCGGCACUCACCUCCACCCACCCCAGACCUUCCCCCACCACCCCCCAACAACCGCGCCCAAAACCAGCACGCCCAAACCUCCCCGUUAUGGUCCAAACCCUACCUCCACCUCAUCCUCUCCGAACUCCUUUCCCUCGUUUCCCCCUCACCCAUAACAAAAGCAGAAGAAGACCAAGAAACGGUACUGGAAUCACUCUACCGCCGGGUCCUCAAGGAAGUGGGUAUCAAAGGGGCGUAUCCUGGUGGUGCGGGUGGUGUAGGGACAGGGCGCGACCGCCGCUGGCGGCAGAGAGAGCAGAGAGAGCGGAGAGGACAGCAGAGAGCAGAGAAGAGAGGAGCGGAGAGACGAGAGACGAGAGGAGAGACGAGAGGAGAGACGAGAGCGGAGCGCAGAGCAGAGACGAGCGGACCGCGGGCGCGGAGAGGGCGGCAGAGACGACUGUGGGGCCCUGGCCGGGGGGUCUGGCUGGCGCUCUCGAGAGGAGAGGACACAGAGUGGCUCUCUGCUCGCGACCUACUUCACUCAACGGGCGGCUCAUGGCGGACAGGCAGCAAGCGGAAACGACCAGAGGGCAGCCGCCCGUCCGCAUGGAGAGAGACCCUAGAGAGAGCAUGCAGGGAGCAGAGAGCUCGCGGUCUCUGGUUUGACGAGAGCAAGCUGCCGCCCGCAGCAGAGAGAGCCAUGCCGCUGCCUGUCACUGUCUCUGUCCUACCGAAGCUAGCACGUCCGCGGAUCGACACGCGCGCGAGAGAGUGCGGCAUCGCGGCUCUCCACCCACGCGCGGCAGCUUGGUUUGAGCAGAGAGUCGACUACUCUGUCGAUUGGCAGUUUCCGCCGCGCACACCUGGCUGCUUCCAUGUCAACCACCCACCAGUAGAGACAGCCACUGUGAUCGACCAUGAUGCUCUCAUCUGGGGACGCGACGAGAGCAUGAAUUGGAUCCUUGUCGCCGCCCACCUGCCGAAUGCCUUUCUCGCGGAGCAGAUGGGUCAUAUGGAGAGGGCUUAUAGGAGUUGGCAGACACAGACCAAUCUGACUGUCGCGACUCAGAACCACAGUCCUGUUCGCUUUCGGCUUCGUCGCUGUGGAACCCAUAGGCAGCCUGAUGACCCAGAGAGCAAGGAGCAGCACUCGGGGAUCUGGAUUGCGAGAGGACAGUCGGAGCUGGCCCCUGUCGCGAAUGUGACUGGGCAGAAGCUGCAGCAUGGCAUCGGGUCCUCGAUCAUCCGAGUCCAUUCGGCUUUUCGAAAGCAGGGCAUCCAGGAGCUCAUCAGCCAAAUGGUUUGGAUGCUGGACCCCGACCAGUUUUUCGAGGCUCGCGAUUUUUUCGAAGGCCUGCCUCGUCUGCUGCAGGGUUUUUUGCCCCAGGACGAUGGCUGGACAACCCACACACACACAUGGUUGGGCACUGCCGACUGCCAUUACGACACCGAGGGAAGUGCGGAGCCGGUGGGCAUUGGCACUAGCUCUUAA